AUGACCCUGGACUACCAGCGCAUGACUGCGGUCCUCUGGCAGGCAGGUCUUCUUCUUAAAAUGGCGGAGGACAAUGCGAUGGAGCUUCUCGGGCAGCUGGCGCGGGAUUUCAACGUGAGGGACUCGCGGAAGCUGUACCAGAUCGCCCGGCGGGAAUUUCCGGAGCGGCGGGACCUGACCACGGCAAGGGCUCAGGCAGCCCUGCGCGGCGACGUGGCCAGGCAGGUGCUGGCGCCGAAGCCGAGGAGUCUGGGAAAGUCUGCGGCAGAAGGGCCCAACGACCGGUUGCAGGCGGACCUGAUCGACUUCUCCCAGAACACUCGCAGCCGGAAUAAGUUCGGCCUCGUGGUCACGGACGUGUUCACCAGGGAGGUGGCCACGAAGGCGUUGCCCGACAAGCGGGCGGAGACGGUGACGCGGGCAGCGGCGGAGAUCAUCCCUGAUCUGGUCCAGGAGGAGGGCAACUACGUCGUGACGACGGAUCAGGGUACCGGGGGUGUGGUGCAUCGGCAGAAGGACCCGAGCGACCGCAACGCCAUGGCCGUUGUCGACCGGGCCAUCCAGACACUGAAGAAGGAUCUGGCGGGCAAGGUGGCCCGGGACGGUGGCGGAUGGGGCGAGCACGUGGAGAACGUGACGGAAGCCUACAACGCCCGACCGCACCAGGCGGUACACGCGGCGCUCGAGGACGUGGAGACGCAGCCGGCGACAACGUUCCGGGUCUAUCAAGACAAUGCAACCAAAUUCCAGCGCAACAAGGAGCUCACGGAAG